AACACCUCAGAUCAACAUGGAGGCUGUCAGACAGACAGGACGGUGUCUCACCGCCUUAACGUCGUUCUGUUCAUAAAACAUCUGUCUCGUCUGAGCGGAUCCUUCAGCAGCUUUCAGACCAGUUGAGUCCACCUUGGCAGAACCAUGGCGGCCCCGCCCUCUCUAACCCCGCCCCUUGUGGCCCCACCCCCUCUGAACCUGCCCGCCACGGCCCCGCCCUCGGUCCUGAGGGAGUUCUGUCCGCUCUACUAUCUGCUGGAUGCCAUCCCAGCCAAGGUGCAGCGUGGGUUCAGGUCCGUCCUCGUCUACCUGACGGCUCUGGACAGCAGCAGUGACUUCCUGGCGGUGGGCAGCAGCAUCGGCAUGCUCUACCUGUACUGUCGUCGCCGUGCGCACAUGAACAAGUACAGCCUGGAGGGGAAGAGUGAUGCGAUCACGGCUGUGAAGCUGCUCAGCUGUUUUGAUGAUCUGGUUGCCGUGGGAACAGCAUCAGGUCGAGUUGCAGUCUUCCAGCUGGUGUCUCCACUUCCUGGUCGCAACAAACAGCUGAGGCGCUUCGAUGUAGUCGGCCUCCAUAAAGGCUCGGUGACGUCUUUGGCAUGGAGCACCAACGGGAUGAAACUUUUCUCCGGAGACGAUAAAGGACGAGUCGUCUUCUCGUCUCUGGACCUGGACCAGGGUGUGUGUAAACCGGUGCUGCUGCUGGAGGAGUUCUCAGGUGUGGUUCAGAUGGACUACAGUCACCAGGUGCUGCUGAUCUCAACACAGCACAGAUCUCUGCUUUACUGCACACAGAAACAGGAAGUCCAGCAGCUGGGCACCAAGCCCCGCAAGAGCAGUGGACGGUUCGGCGCCUGCUUUCUGCCGGCUCUCUGUAAACAGAGUGAUCUUCAGGUGUUUGCUGCUCGACCUGGACUCAGACUUUGGAGGUCUGACAUCAGAGGACAGGUGGAGGACACCCGACAGCUCAAAUCACUCUUCAACACACAGAUUCCUCAGUUUGACUUAUUUCCUCGUCCUGGUCCAAUCGGAGCUUACCGUCCAGAAGACAGACAGCUCGGUCUGCUCAGCUGUUUCCUCAGAGACGGCUGGAUCCUCAGCUGGAACGAGUACAGCCUCUACGUCCUCGACUGUCUUAACGAGGUAGUAGUUGGAGCGUUGGAGAGCAGUGGAGACAUCGUGUCGGUGUCGUGUUGUGACAACGAGGUGUUUGUCCUGAAAGGAGACCGAGACGUGAUCCGUCUGUCCAACAGCCCAGAGGGACUGAGCUUGCUGGAUCUCCAUCAGUCCUCACCUUUGACCACGCCCACCAUUCUCCCACCUACCGGAUCAGUUGAAACAGCUCAGCCAAUCAGAACCAUGGCUAUCAUUGUAGAGGGUGGGGGGAAGGAGCAGCAGGGAGGAGGAUGGGAGAGGCACAGUGAGGAGGGAGAGAAAGAAGAAGAGGAGGAGGUGGAGGAGGCGGAGGAGCAGCUGGAGGUGAUGGAGCCGUGCUGCCAGCAGUCAGGUCUGUUCACCAGCAGCUCUCGUAGCCGCAGCAGCUCUGUCACUUCCUGGGACAGUCUCCAUGGAAACAACCCGGUGACCACUUCCUGUGAGCUGAGCUCCAGGCGCUACAGCGCCCCACUGGGUCAUGAGGGUCUGCAGCAGGAGCUGGUGGUGAAGGCCAUCCGAGUGAAGAAGAGGAGGAGGAGACGACAAGACAGCAGCAGUGGGAUCCGCCUCUCUGAGAGCAGCUGCUCAGACUCCAUGUUUGUAGUCUGGGAUGGCAGCUGUAGUGACGGAGGAAGUGGAACUCCUCUGAGUGACAGAGCCUCCCUCACCGGUCUAGACCUUCAGAACCAGGACUCUCCGGAGCAAAUCCAGGACCAGAUCUCACUGAAAGCAGGAUGUGAAGAUUUACUCAGAGGUGUAAAGGAUGGAGAGGAGGCGGAGUCUUCCUCCAACCAGUCAGGCUCCCUCCUCCAUCCAGACUCCCUGCUCCUCCAGGGUCUGGAGAAUCCAGGAAAGGCCUCUGGUCCUGGUCCUGGUGCGGAGGUUGUCCCCCCGACCCCGGAUGUGGAUCUGCUGCUGGAGUGCACCUUCUCCUACAUGCACAACACUGAGGGGGAUGAUGGACAGGAGCAGCAGCCAAUGGAGGAGCAGGAGGAGGCGUUUCUGAGCCCUCUGAUUGGACCAGAGGAAGAGGAGGAUGAGAAUGAAGACCAGGUCCCCCCUCCGGUUCUGGUGGACCAGAUGUUUUACUCCACUGUGUCUAGUCUGGACAGAAAACCCAGUACGUCCAGUGAUGAAGAGGGAGACAUCUACUGUCACCGUCUGCUCCCGUCUGGCAGCGCUGGGGAAGUCCUGAACCGUCCGACUCUUCAGACGGAAAAGACCACAGACGGACCUCCAGACCAGGACCAUAAGGACAGAGACCCACUCAUACCUGACCAGUUGGCAGAAAGCUGGAUGGGUUACUCAGGACCAGGAUGUGGAAUACUGAGCCUGCAGGUGACUGACAGGUAUGUGUGGUGUCUGGACUUUAAAGGAGGACUGUUCUGCAGCGGUCUACUUGAAACUGGGCUCAACUGGCAGCGCUUUGAAGACAAUGUCCACCAGAUGGCAUUGUCACCCUCAGGUAAUCUGCUGUGGAAGGUGGAGCAGAAGAGCAUGACGGCGUUUGCUUGUGCUAAAGUAUCAGUAAAAGGAAAACGUCACUGGUACAAAGCUGUGGAGCAAACGGCCUUCGUGGCUCUGAGUGAUGACUCGGCCUGGAUUAUCAGGACCAACGGAGACCUCUACCUGCAGACAGGUCUGAGCGUGGACCGGCCCUGUUCUCGCUCUGUGAAGGUGGACUCUCCCUGUGUGUUCACACAGGUGUGUGUGAGCGGAGGCGUGGUCUGGGCUCUGAGCGAACACAAAGCUUUAUUCUACAGAGAAGGACUGAACAGCUACUGCAGUGAGGGAGAGGGCUGGAAGUACGACACCGUCAGUGAGGCUCAGGGUCUGGAGUUGAUGUGUGUUGCCCUGGCAGAAGGUGGUACAGCUUGGGCGCUAGAUGCCAGUGGCAGCCUCUGGUUUAGAACCGGCAUCUGUUCAUCUAAACCGCAGGGCGACGACGACCACUGGUGGCAGAUCAGUAUCUCGGACUAUGUGGUCUUUGAUCAGGGCAGUCUAUUCCAGACGCUGCUGCAUGCCACGCAGAGUGUUGCCACAGUUACCAGGGCGCCGGUGGAGCGCGUGGUGGCCUUCCUGUCGCAGUACUCGCAGUGCCAGCCGAGCUUGGUCAGCGCCAACGGCAGCGGAGUUUGGGUCGCCUCAGGACGUAACCAGCUGCACCUGGCCCGAGGCAGUCUCGUGGGAACUUUCUGGCAGAACGUUGUUCCAAGAGGAACUGUCUCAGCCACCAAGUGGAGCUUCAUUACAUCUUCAUCUGUGCCUCACAGAGAAGGUACGUUCCUGUGGUUGGCUCAGAGCAGGAAGGAUCUGUUCUGUGUUUGGGACCAGGAUGGAGAGCUCCGCCCCUCGUCCAUCCCUCUACCACUUGAGAUGGAGCUGACUCACCUGUCUGCUUGUCGUGAUGCUCUGUGGGGAUUAGACACCCAUGGACAAGUCAGUAUUCGUACGCUGUCUCCGUCCUGUCCCUUUGGACUCCACUGGACCCCCCUAGACCUCAACCAGCUCGGAAGUGUUCGUCUCAUCAGUGUGAGCUGCGGCAGUCAAAACGUCUGGGCUGUGGACAGUCGAGGAAUCGUUUACUUCAGAGUUGGAACCCAGCCUCUGAACCCAAGCAUGAUGCUACCGGCCUGGAUCCACAUAGAACCACCUGUACAGCCAAUAGGAGUGCAGCUGGUCCGUAUUCAGACAAGUCCUAACGACCGUCUCCUCUGGGCUUUGGACAACAGAGGAAGUGUCUUCGUCAGAACCGGACUCAGUGAAGAGAUGCCUGUGGGGACGGACUGGGAGGUGGUACCAGGUUUAGCCGUCGCUCAGCUGCUCCUCAGCUCUCGGACGGUUUGGGUUCGGUGUGUAAACGGAGAUCUGGCUCGACGUUAUGGCGUCUCUGACCGGAACCCAGCAGGAGAUUACUGGAAGAAGAUCCCUGGAAACGCCAACUGGUUAACUGUGACUCCAGAAGACGAGUUAUGGGCUGUGACUCCGAUUGGUGGAUUGUCUCGUCGCUUAACGAAGCUCCUCCCACAAACUCCCUGUUGGCCCGCGCCCUCAGGCUCCUCGCUCAGUGGGGAAGAUGUCGACGACGAAUGGGAGCUUAUUUGACCCAUGAUGUCAUUUUGAUGUCACUUCCUGUGACAUUUAAGCUUUUAGGACCUGUCUGAAAUAAGUUGGCCACACAAAGGAAGCCCAGGUGGUUGCUGGGAAAUGACGUGAACUGAGACUUUGUUUUAUUUUAGUUUUAACAGGAAGCACUUUAAUAAGAAGGGGCAGUUGGCUACAGAGGAACAAGGGGCAUUUCACUUUUUACACGUUUCAUUCAUUCUAUUCCUAACUGGUCUGGAGUGGCUCACACUGGUUUCAACUUGUUCUGACUGGUCCUAAAUCCUCUAAUAUUUAAUCCAGUGUGGUUCAGUCUGGUUGUUAAGGACACUAAAUGGACUCCAGACAAUUUGGUUGUUUUCUCUAUCCUAGUCCAGUCUGGUUGAAACCGGUCCAGUCUGGUUAAAACCGGUCCAGUAUGGUUGAAACUGGUUCAGUAUGGUUGAAACUGGUUCAGUCCAUCUCUUCAAGUGGUCACUCGACAUCUGUGCUCAGCAGAGAUCACACUGGUCUUACUAGUAACACUGGGUUCAACUAGUUACACUGAGGUAAAGUAGUUAAAGUAGUUGAACUGGUUUUACUAGUUACACUGGGGUAAACAAGUUAAACUAGUUCAACUGGUUUUACUAGUUACAUUGGGUUAAACUGGGGUAAACUAGUUCAACUGGUUUUACUAGUUACACUGGGUUAAACUGGAUUAAACUGGGUUAAACUGGGUUGAACUGGUUUAACUAGUUACAUUGGGUUGAACUGGGGUAAACUGGUUUAACCGGUUAAACUAGUUGAACCGGUUAAACGAGUAGAACCAGCACUGACUAUGCUUCACUGACCUGCUGUUACUGGGAUCAGAUCCGGGCUGCUGUAGCUCAGUGGGAACCGCUGGUGUUCCUUUAACCACACUGGGGUGGCUCAAUUCUGUUUGUUGAAGUGUCCUUGAGCAAAACACUGAACCCCAAGUUGCUGCUGGGUGUUGGACCGCAGCCCUCUGGUCCUGAUGACGGUGAGAGGUCUCAUGUGGACCAGGAUGUAAAGGCUGGACCCAACCAUCGCUGGUUCUCAUGCUGUCGGAUUCGUUUUCUCAGAUAGUUGCCCGCUUGUCUCAGUUACCACGGCAACCGGCAGGAGCCCCGCCCCCUGAAUAAUGAAGAUCAUUUAAAAAUGUAAAUCUAAUAAACAUCUGUUUGUGUUGGCUGAAGUUUAACUCUUUAAAUAAUAUUUUUAACUAAAUCUGGACCCUGAUGGACCAUGGUGGAAUGUAGUGGACUCUUAUGGACCAUGGUGGACUUUAGUGGACUUCAAUUGACCAUGGUGGACUGUAGUGGACUCUUAUGGACCAUGGUGGACUUUAGUGGACUCCUAUGGACCAUGGUGGACUGUAGUGGACUCUUAUGGACCAUGGUGGACUGUAGUGGACUCCUAUGGAACAUGGUGGACUUUAGUGGACUCUUAUGGACCAUGGUGGACUUUAGUGGACUCUUCUGGACCAUGGUGGACUUUAGUGGACUCUUCUGGACCAUGCUGGACUGUAGUGGACUCUUAUGGACCAUGGUGGAAUGUAGUGGACUCCUAUGGACCAUGGUGGACUUUAGUGGACUCCUAUGGGCCAUGGUGGACUUUAGUGGACUUUAGUAGACUCUUAUGGACCAUGUUGGGCUGUAGUGGACUCUUAUGGACCAUGGUGGACUUUAGUGGACUCCUAUGGACCAUGGUGGACUUUAGUGGACUUUAGUAGACUCUUAUGGACCAUGUUGGACUGUAGUGGACUCUUAUGGACCAUGGUGGACUGUAGUGGACUCCUAUGGACCAUGGUGGACUUUAGUGGACUCCUAUGGACCAUGGUGGACUUUAGUGGACUCUUAUGGACCAUGGUGGACUUUAGUGGACCCCAAUCGACCAUUAUAGACUGUAGUGGACUCCUAUGGACCAUGGUGGACUUUAGUGGACUUUAGUAGACUCUUAUGGACCAUGUUGGACUGUAGUGGACUCUUAUGGACCAUGGUGGACUGUAGUGGACUUCUAUGGACCAUGGUGGACUUUAGUGGACUCCUAUGGACCAUGGUGGACUUUAGUGGACUCUUAUGGACCAUGGUGGACUUUAGUGGACCCCAAUCGACCAUUAUAGACUGUAGUGGACUCCUAUGGACCAUGGUGGACUGUAGUGGACCAUGGUGGACUUUAGUGGACUCUAAUGGACCAUGGUGGACUCCUAUGGUCCCCGGUGGACUGUAGCUGGCUUUAAAUUGACCCUGAUUGACUGUGGUGGACUCCAAUGGACCCUGAUGGACUAUAAUGGACUGUAGUGGACUCUAAUGGACCCUGUUGGACUGUGGUGGACUCUAAUGGACCCUGAGGGAUUAUAGCUGGCUCUAAUGGAUCCUGGUGGACUCAAACGGACCCUGAUUAACUGUGGGGGACUCUAAUGGAACGUCAUGAACUAUAGUGGACUCUAAUGGACCCUGGUGGACAGUGGUGGACUCUAAUAGACCAUGAUGGACUGUAUCGGACUCUAAUGGAUCCUGGUGGAAUCUAAUGGACCCUGGUGGACUGUGUCGGACUGCUAACCUGCAUUGAUGUUCAGGUCUAAGGUCUGAACUCCUUUUAACAUGUACUCAUCAUCCUCUCUCUUCCUCGUCUGCGGUAGUUGCCAUGGAAACCUGCACAGAUGUGACUCUGCUGUGAUGUCAUCCUGAUGUCAGCUGAUUGGUUGAAUGAUCUGCUGCUAACCAAUAAGAUUUCAGUGUAAACUCACCUGUUUGAUUGACCUAAUAAACAUGUUUAAACACAGCAGUCACAGGUUAUUGAUCA